UCCUUUUCUGACACAGCACAAGCUGAGCAUCUUUCAGCUGAACCAUAGUCUCCAAGCUGGAAGACUGGGAAGCGAAGGAGUGCAGUUCUCCCCAGUUUCUUGGCAGGAGAGGAAGAGGAGGAGGAAGAGGAAGAGGAGAAAGAAGCAGCUAGCUGCAGUGCUCUUUCAUAGGCGCACACAUGCACAUGCACAUCUCCCCAUCUUCACAUCCCCUGCUGAGCAGCCUAAGCAAGAAAGAGGAGCAUGCAUUAGGAGAGGAGACUUGCCAGAGAAAAGCAGGAGGAGGAAGAGGAGGAGGAGCCGCUUUUGCCUUGCUCUGCCUACAUGGCUUGCCUUUCGGAUGGAAGGACUAGCCGUCACGGUCAGCAGAACUAGGGAUCUCUGAAGCUUUAAAGAAGACGUGUGUUCUCUUUUUUUGGAACACCUUAGUCUUGGCUUCCUGGGUUCUCUUCUAUCAGGAUGUGAACUGCAUCCAAACUCGGUGACUUCUGGAUCCAGCUGGAAGACAACAACAUAGGACUGGGCUUCUGGGCUUCCCCAGGGAGUUAACUCACCUGCUUCCUCUGCAUGAGGGAGAUGAGGUGCUGAGAAGGACAGGGACUCCAUCCUGCUCUUCCUCUCCAAGAUCUCUCCAAGGUGCACCAUGUCACCUGUGGACUGGAGACCGAGGCCCAUGGCACGGUGGGGUGGAACCCUUCUGCUAUGCAGAUGGGAAGGCUGCAAAGCCAGAGCUUCUGGACUGAAUUGAUUCAUCUUCCCAUCUGGUUGCAGGGAGAGGAGGAAGGGUGCUCUUUCUAUUCAUGCAGAGAGGGUACCGUGUCCCCCUUUCCCCUUUACUUCUUCCAGCAUUCUUGAAGGAAACCAGAAGGGCAGGAACCACGAUGCAUCCGCAUGGGAUCCAAGGGUUAAUCUGAGGGUUAGGAGCUCCACAUAUCCUGGAUUAUCCUUUUCUCCUCCAUCCUACCCCCAUCUAUUUUUUUCAAAACUGUGAUGUAUCCAAAUGGUUCUCCAUGAAUGUCCAGAUUCACUCAGCCAAAGAGGACUGAAGGGUCUUUUUUGAACACCCUAAAAAGGACGAAAGGAACCUGUCUCUUCCAGCCAAAGCCACACAGUUCUACACCGUUCUGGAGCAGCCGCCUUGCUCGACAUGAUGUAGAACCUCCUGUGCUUCCAGCAUCCCAUGGAUGACCCAUCUUCAUGCUCAAGAAAUAAGCCACCUUGGUCCUUCAAAGGCACUUACUGUGAACCCUACAAAGAAGCUCCAAACCUCAGUCAGGGUGGACAUCUCCCGUAAUGGAGCCUUCCAAGGAAAGGCAGGUGGCACUGGCACCAAAGUUCUCCUGUUCGGUGAGGAACCCUGUGUGGUGAACAACCUGAGGAAGGAAAGCAGAAGACAUUGUCUUCAGGAUCUCCUCAAGAAAUGCCUCCAAAAAAAGACAGUGAUGAAUUAAGGAAUGGGAAUGCCCUCCCUGUUGGGAUGGCAUAGACCGGAGCUUGCUUCCUGCAACUUUUUCAGAUUGGAGCACAGAUGCCAACCCUUAACCCCUUAAGGUGGCCAUUCCUGGUGAUUUCAUCUCAACUGGCUUUGCAGCCCAGUGGUGAUUCUCAGCCUUCUCAAUCUGUGAGGGUUCCUUCUGCAGCUGGGAUGGAUGGCGUGUGCUGGAUUGGUGCUUGCCUUAAUCCCGACGCAAUGGCCCCAGAUUUGUUGCCCCGAUCCAACUAGGGUGGGGAGAUCAAGGGGUGGCAGGUCAAGGUGCGGCUGAGGCAGGGUUCUGGGGCAGGGUGGGGGAGCGUUAAGAUGUGGAGAUCUCCCCAGCCAAGAGACGUUCCGUGGAGGCACAGUCUGGCUGGGCAAAAGCAGAAUGCACAGCGCGGCUCUGCCCCAGCUCCCUGGCACCGUGUGAAGGAUGAACUCCCGGGGCUUGCAGGACAGGCAGCCCACUGACCACGCCACCAGCAGCAGCAGCAACACCGGCGAGAGGGAGCGCAUCAGGGGACGCAUGAAAAUGGUGAUCGGACAGCUUGAAGGCAUCCUGCAAGAACUUAAGGAGGUGGCCAAGGAACUCCGAGACGUGGUCAGCCAGAUCGACAAGUUGACUUCAGACUUUGAGUUUGAGCUGGAGCCCGACGACUGGACCACAGCGACGGUGAGCAGCACGUCCAGCAGCGACAAAGGAGGGGGCAUGUUUGACCUUGGGAACCUGGACUUCAUGACCUCGGACAUCCUCUCCGACAGCUGGGAGUUCUGUUCCUUCUUGGAAGCCUCCACGCCGUCAGACUCGGGCGAUGGCUCGGAGCAGCAGCAACCGCAAAGCCGCCAGCCUGACUACCGCCUCAUGAAUGGCGGGGUGCUGAUCCCCAAUGGACCCCGAAUCGGAACGCCGGACUCUUCCAGCGAGGAGGCCUUCAGCUCGGCCCCGAGUCACAAAGCCCAGCACCAGCGGACGGCGGGCACCAGGGAGCGGGUGCGGUUCAGUGACAAAGUCCUCUACCACGCUUUGUGUUGCGAUGACGAUGAGGAGGCGGACAGCAGCCCGCUGCCCGAGGACCCUCCGGAAGAGGCCAGUGACCCGGCUCACAAAGCAGGGCAGGUGGCCAAAACCCUGCCACGGCGGUCACCUCACCUGAGUAGCGCUCAGCAACAAAAGCUGACGCGGAACAGCAGCACGCAGACCGUAUCGGACAAAAGCACCCAGACGGUGCUGCCUUAUAUCUCGAGCAAACAGAAAAUCACAAACAAAAACUGAGGACUAGCGUUGUGGGGAGGAAUCGGGGCGGGAACGGCGGAGCAGGGCGGGUGGGGUAAAAGCUUCAGAUAUAUAUAUAAAUAUAUAAAUCUCUCUAUAUAUUUAAGUCAAUAAAUAAUAACGAUAUGAUUAAAAAAAACGAAACCACCAUGGUGACAGGAUCUCAUCCUGAAGCUACCUAUCCAUAAUGUCAAGACUCAGGGAAUUUCAAUAUGUUUUCAUUUUACUGAAUGGCGCUUUGUUUUUCUAGCUUAAUAAAUGCGAGGCUUAGCCAGAAAUACGAAGAAACACA